UAGCAAUCUGAGGAAUUAUAUUUCCUCGUUGCAAGGCUGAAAAAACACCUAUUCUGACGUUAUCAAUCACUAUAUCAAGAGAUAUCCCCAUUCUUUAGCUUAAGAAAUAAACAGUCGACAAUGUCAAAAAGGAAAGGUCUGAGUGUGGAAGAGAAGAGAAAAAGAAUGAUGGAUUUCUUCUUUGAAAAGAAAGACUUCUUUCUGCUAAAAGAACUUGAAAAGCAAUGUCAGAAGGAGAAGGGAAUCACAUCCAUGUCAGUUAAGGACAUUCUGAUGAGUCUUGUGGAUGAUGGAAUGGUGGACACAGACAAGAUUGGCACAUCCGUCUAUUUCUGGGCAUUUCCAAGUAAGGCUAGUCAAAAUAGAAAGAGGAAAAUAGCAGAUUCAAAACAGAGCAGAGAUGACAUCCUGAGAAAAAAGAAAUCUACAGAAGAGGCGUUGGCCAAGGCCAAGAUUGGAAAGGAAGAAACGGAUGAGCGAGAAACAAUUCUACAGCAACUUUCAACAAAAAAACAAGAGUUAAAUGAAUUGAAUGCAGAGUUGAAGAAAUAUCAAGAUUGUGAUCCAGAUGUGCUGAAUGCUAAAAAACAGGAAGCUAAAGUUGCCAAGGAAGCGGCCAACAGGUGGACAGAUAACAUCUUUUCGACAAAGUCGUGGAUCAAGAAAAAGUUCAGCUUUGAGGACAGUAAGAUUGAUAAGCAGUUUGGAAUCCCAGAUGACUUCGAUUAUAUUGACUGAUUGUGCAUAGACUUUUCCUUCAUCAAAAUGUGCUGGAAGUCUUGGUUAGCAGCAGUAUGUUAUCUGACAUUAAGACAAUGUAUGACCCUCAGUGGAGACUAUGAGCAGAUGAAGUCCACUGGGCUGUAAAGUGCCCUUUUCAGAGACAGCGGAUUCUACCCUAAACGAAUGCAGACACUCUCACUCAUUAGGGAAGAUAAGGUACUCCCGGAAUAUUUGGUCAGUGCACUUUCUAUGCAAUCGAUUCCUCCCACAGGCAGUAUUCUUUCAAGUCAGAGCUAUGCUAUAGAAUGUUUGACUGUUGUCCGGUAAGUG